AUGCAGUCUCCUCUUUCACACCACAACAAAGAUGAAGAGUGGAAACGUGCAGCUGGCCAUCUGAGCUCCAGGCUUGCCCAGGGGAAUGAGCCGCUAAUGUGUCCCAGCACUGGAUACUCCUCCUGGGGAAGCACUGGCGGGUCUCUCCCUGUACCAGACUGGAGGAUUCAGACGGAUCAACAAUAUGCAAAUAGCGUUGCUGACAACCUUAAGCGCCUGUUUCCGGGGGAGAUUCAGUCUGGCCUUUUGGAGAUCAUUUCUCCCUCUGUCCAUUUCUAUCCAGACUUCUCUCACCUCAAAGAGUCAUUUGGUGACCCUAAAGAGCGGGUCAGAUGGCGAACAAAGCAGAACCUGGAUUACUGCUUCCUGAUGAUGUAUGCCCAGACUAAAGGGAACUAUUAUGUACAGCUAGAGGAUGACAUUGUUGCUCGGCCAAAUUACUUCACCACGAUGAAAAAUUUUGCCCUGCAGCAGCCGUCAGAGGAGUGGAUGAUUCUAGAGUUUUCUCAGCUGGGCUUCAUCGGUAAAAUGUUCAAGUCAUUAGACCUGCCGCUGAUCGUGGAGUUCAUGCUAAUGUUUUACAAAGACAAGCCCAUUGAUUGGCUGUUGGACCACAUCAUGUGGGUGAAGGUGUGCAACCCGGAAAAAGAUGCGAAACAUUGUGACAGACAGAAAGCAAACCUACGGAUCCGCUUCAAACCGUCUCUCUUCCAGCAUGUUGGAACACACUCAUCCCUCGCUGGAAAGAUCCAGAAACUCAAGGAUAAGGACUUUGGAAAGCAGACAUUGCAUAAAGGUCAUGCUAACCCACUGGCUGAGGUCACCACCAGUCUGAAGACAUACCAGCACUUCACCCUGGAGAAGGCUUAUCUAGGAGAGGAUUUCUUCUGGGCUUUUACACCUGUCGCUGGAGACUUCAUACGCAUCCGCUUCUUCACACCUGUCCGAGUAGAGAGGUAUUUCUUCCGCAGUGGAAACAUCGAGCACCCCGGAGACAAGCUCUUCAACACUACAGUGGAGGUUCUUCCUUUCGACAAUAUCCAGUCAGAGAAAGAAGCACUGAAGGAGGGAAGAGAGAAGACACCGAAGUACCAGCGCACAGAAGAUGGCUUCAUCAGAAUAGGGAAGUUUGAGAACGGCAUCGCGGAGGGGGAAGUGGACGCUUCUUUCGGGCCGCUGGAGGCUCUGCGGCUCUCAGUACUGACGGACUCUCCAGUGUGGGUGAUUCUCAGCGAGAUUUUCAUCAAGAAAGCCGAGUGACUGAAGUUCAUCAAUACCUCAUGACUUGAGCAGUUGUGUGGUGCAGGAUUGGAGUCUCCUCCACAUGAGCUCCUCACAGCAGUUUCUUUAGCUUGGUCCAAUAGCGCCAACUGCUGGCGACAAGCUGUUCUAGCAGGGUAGAGAAGGCCAGGCCACGGCGUCACACAAAAGACACACAGCUCGAGCUGUCAGACGCGCCGCAGUGGCUGGAAGACGCUGUAUUUUUUUGUAAACUGUAUUUAUAUGUACAUAUGCCCAUGAUUGAGUUCCUGUAAUUACACUGGUUUGUUGUCAAGGGCUUCCUGGAAACUCUGACAUUCAACAAAAAUGCUGCUUUUGGAAUGGAAGACUCUUAAUUUCCUACUCGAGAUUCAAUCUUUUUUCUUUUUUUUUCAAAGAGUUGGGUUUGUUGUUAAUUAGUUGACAAGUGAUUCUAUUUAGGCUUCUCCAAAUGAUGUAUUUAUAUUAUUUAUUAUGAUACAUUUGAAGUAAACACAGGCAAAUGGCCGCUAGAUAUGUGUUUGUUUGUGCACAGGCCUAGCGUGUGUGGUUUUUUUCCAAAGUCGGUCCAAACAAUUCGUUAUGACGAUGAGAAACGUUUAAUGUAACUACUAGAGUAUGCUGCAAAACCAUUUCUUUGGAAAAUUGAAGCGCUGGACUUUUCUUGUGAUAAUUAAAGUAAAAUCUAUCGAAACUAACAGGAUGGGGGAGCCUCCAAAACCUUUUUGUUACAUCUUUUUUUAUUAUUGUUAUAAUUUUUUUUACUUUCUAAUCAGGUAGCUAUAGCCUAUUAUUUCUUGCAAUAUGUUUUUUCUCUCCUCCUCUUCCUGCCUUAAUGUGACGCAGUAGUGCGCUAAUGUGGACAUUUUGUUUGUUUGUUUGUUUGUUUGUUUUUUUACCUUAAAGCCAAAAACCGAAAUUUAGAAAGACAAAGCAAAAUCCUUCUCGAAAAUAAUCUGUACAGCUCAGUGUGAGUCAAUGCGCUGGUGUUUAGAUGCUCGGUUUGCUCUCUGGUGAUAGAAAUAAUUCAUAUAUUAUCAGAUGCUACACAGAUCUGUCGGGGGUCCUGAUUUUUUAUUUCCAUGCCUUAAAAUGCCAUUUUCUGUAAGUGUUUAGUUUAGUAAACAGUUCAGGCAUCAGGAUAUGGUUCUUUUGGUGAACUGAACAGUCGACAUGUUUGAGAAGAUCUUACAACUUAUUUUGUCAAAAGGAGAAAGGUUGUUGCAGCAAAAGAACAGCAUCUGUCUUACAGCAAUGCUGAAGAAACACCAUGUUGUUUUACAGCACAGGCAAAGGGGAUAUAAAGACCCUUCAACUUUCACUGGCUCUACAUUGUUUUCUCUUAAUUCAUUUGAUCCAUGAUCUCAGAUGAAAAUGUAAUGCUCCUGUCAAAUGAUUUGAAUAAAAUCAAAGUUCAAACUUG